AUACGCCAAAAAGAUCCCCACCGGCCACCCAAAAACAUCAGUUCUUUUUUAAAUAUUUUCCUUAUCAUGGCUGCAUGGUCUCACUUCUAAACUGAAAAACAAACGCCUCCUAGAAUCAUCUGGCCUAUUGCCUUGAGCUUCCAUUCAUUUAUUUACUAUUUCUUCCCCGAAAACUAAGCAUCCCUGCUAUUGUUUCAUGUUAAGGAAUGUUCUCUGCAUUUCUUGGGGGCUUAAAUAUUGCGAUGGCCGGAGAUGCGGUGUCUGGAAUAAGUGGGGAAGAUGGGAAGAAAAGUGUUGCAGUUUUUGCUGAGAAAAUGAGGGUGUGGCCAUGUCUGGUGUGGCAAAGGAUUUCCAAGGUUGGACGAGACGAUCCGAGAAGGGUGAUUCACUCUCUGAAAGUCGGUGUGUCUUUGACACUGGUUUCCUUGUUGUACCUAAUGGAGCCAUUGUUUAAAGGCAUUGGAGAAAAUGCCAUUUGGGCUGUCAUGACUGUGGUGGUUGUGCUUGAGUUCACUGCAGGAGCAACUUUAUGCAAAGGACUGAAUAGAGGCCUCGGGACGGUGUUAGCGGGUUCAUUGGCAUUUUUGAUGGAGUAUAUUGCAACUUCCUCUGGCCAUGUAUUUCGAGCUGUUUUCAUUGGAACUGCAGUUUUUCUGACUGGAGCAGUAGCUACAUACAUAAGGUUCUUCCCCUUCAUAAAGAAGAAUUAUGACUACGGUGUCGUGAUAUUUAUCUUGACCUUUAAUUUGAUAACUGUGUCGAGCUACCGGGUAGACAAUGUAUUGCAGUUAGCACACGAGCGCUUCUACACCAUUGUCAUUGGCUGUGCCAUCUGCCUUUUUAUGAGCCUUUUGAUUUUUCCAAAUUGGUCUGGGGAAGCCCUCCACAAUUCCAUGGUGUGCAAGCUUGAAGGGCUAGCAAAAUCAGUCGAAGCUUGUGUAGAUGAAUACUUCAAUAAUGCUGAGGAACAAGAAAAGAAGGAUGCACCAUCAGAGGACCCCAUUUACAAAGGUUACAAGGCAGUCUUGGACUCAAAAUCCACAGAGGAGACCCUGGCAUUACAUGCGAGUUGGGAACCCAGGCACUCAAUUCACUGCUACAGGUUUCCAGGGCAGCAGUAUGUGAAAUUGGGAGCUGCUCUUCGCCAUUUUGGAUACACUAUCGUAGCUCUACACGGAUGUUUGCAAACCGAAAUUCAGACCCCGCAUUCAGUCCGAGCCCUCUUCAAAGAUCCAUGCUUCCAAGUUGCUGCAGAAGUAUCAAAAGUUCUCAGGGAGCUUGCCAAUUGCAUAAGGGCCCGACGCCACUGCGGUCAAGAGCUGCUCUCGGAUCAUCUCCAUGAAGCCUUACAAGACCUCAACACGGCCGUAAAAUCCCAGCCCAGGCUCUUCCUUGGCUCCAACAAGAAUCAAGCCACUAACAUGCUUGCAGUAGCUGCAGCAACAGCACGCCAGAAACGUGAAAAAUACUCUGGGGUGUCCUUAUCAAGCGUGAAAACAGACAGUUCAGCACUGAUGGAAUGGAAAAGCAAAAGGGCUUCUGAACAAUCUUCAGAGGCAGAUAGAAAGGUGUUGAGGCCCACACUAAGCAAGCUUGCCAUCACUAGCCUGGAGUUCUCGGAAGCGCUUCCCUUUGCUGCCUUUGCAUCAUUGCUAGUAGAGACAGUGGCAAGGCUUGAGCUUGUAAUUGCGGAAGUUGAAGAACUGGCGAGGGUAGCGACCUUCAAAGAGUAUAAACCUGAUGAUGAGUUUGUUGUGAUCUGCGAACCAUCCCAAAUGCGGAAUGCUGACACUUUACAUUGUAAUUUGCCUUCCCAUGGGGCAGAAUGAUAAUGUGCGAGGGUUCAGAACUACACUCCUGAUGAUCUUAUGGACUAUAUGAAUGCUUGACUAUCAAAUAAAAGUGUAUCAGUGCUUUUAGUA